GUAGGUCAGGUGACUACACGAGCAGAGAGCGCGAGUUCACGCAGACGCAGAACGCGAUGUUUUGGGAUAUUUUCUCCUGCUACAGGUCACUAAAAAGCAGGGACAGGUUUUAGACGUAACUGUGCCCUGGGGCAGAGUUAAUAAGGCCUCCUCGUGUGAAUUUCAGCUGGGUCCCUCUCUUCAGUUACCCGUAUAAGAUCAGACUCUGAAAUCAACCCUGCAUAUACUGCAACACCUUCAUAAAAAUACAAAUAAAUAAAAAACACUUUAGUAACCUUACAGUAAGUCACACCCUACAGAAAACCCUGUUUCGCAAGAAUGUACUGUGAUCAGGAAGAAGGACGUGAACUGUUGAGCUGCAUAUAAUCUCUGUCUGUGUUCAUACAGUGAAAUGGCAGAAGCCAGUAUUUCAGUGGAUCGGGAGCAGUUCAUUUGUUCAGUGUGUCUGGAUCUCCUGCAGGAUCCAGUGACGGUUCCCUGUGGACACAAUUACUGUAAGAAAUGCAUCACAGAUGUCUGGGAUUUCGAUCAGAAGGGAAUCUACAGAUGUCCUUUAUGCAAACAGUCCUUCACACCACGACCUGGUUUAGGUAAGAACUUGGUGAUCGCUGAGAUGGUGGAGAAACUGAAGAAGACGAGGAGCCAAGCUGCUCCUCCUGCUUCUGUUCACACUGGAUCUGGAGAUGUUCAGUGUGACUCCUGCACUGGGAUUAAACAGAAAGCAGUGAAAUCCUGUCUGGAGUGUCGAAGCUCUUACUGUCAGAAUCACCUUGAUCAGCAUGAGAGUCUCUUCAGAGGUAAAGGACACGAUCUGAUGGACGCCACUGGACGACUGCAGGACAUGAUGUGCUCUCGACAUGGUAAAAUACUGGAGAUUUACUGCCGUACUGACCAGCGAUGUAUCUGUAUGCUGUGUUUAGUGGACGAACACAGAAAUCAUGACACGGUAUCAACUUCAGCAGCGAGGACAGAGAAACAGAAACAUUUGGGGGAGACGCAGAUAAAACUUAACCAGAGAAUCCAGAAGAAAGAGAAAGACAUUCAGGAGCUGAAGGAAGCUGUGGCGUCUCAUAAGCGCUCUGCACAGACAGCAGUGGAGGACAGUAAGAAGAUCUUCACCGAGCUCGUCCGCUGCAUUGAGAAACGUUGCUCUGAGGUGAUGAAGAUGAUCAGAGAUCAGGAAAGAGCUGCAGUGAGUCGAGCCGAAAUCAAACUGGAGCGACUGGAGAAGGAGAUCAAUGAGCUGAAGAAGAGAGACGCUGAGCUGAAGCAGCUUUCACACACACAGGAUCAUGUUCAUUUCUUCCAGAGUUUGUCGUCUGCUUCAGUCUCUGUCUCUGGAUCUACAGACGGAUACAGUGUCAGUCCUCAUCUGACAUUCAGUGAUGUAGUGAACUCUGUCUCUCAGUUUAGAGACAAACUGCAGCAGUUCUGCAGAGAGGAGACAGAACACAUGACUGAAACCGUGAAAAACGUCCAGGUCAUUAUUGCUCCUGAAUAUGAGACCAGAGAGGAGUUUCUGCAAUAUUUCCAUCCAUUCGUGUUGGAUUCGAACACAAUAUAUCCAAGUCUCCAUCUGUCCGAGGACAACACAGUGAUCACUUCCUCCAGCUGUAAUUACAAAUAUCCCAAUCAUCCCGACAGAUUUGACUACUGGAUAGAGGCCUUGUGUACAGAGAGUGUCGGUGGACGCUGUUACUGGGAGGUUGAGUACGGCGGUAAUGAGGGCGUCCAUAUAGCAGUGGCAUAUAAGAGCAUUAAGAGGAAGGGGAAGAGUGGUGACAGUCGAUUUGGAUAUAAUGAUCAGUCCUGGAGACUGUACUGCUGUAACUCCAGUUGCUCAUUCAGACACAAUACCAUUCGGACUGUGCUCCCUGUGGUGUCCAGCCAUAAAAUAGGAGUGUAUGUGGAUCACAGCGCAGGAACUCUGUCGUUUUUAAGCAUCUCUGACACAAUAAAUCUCAUCCACAUAGUCCAGACCACAUUCACUCAGCCGCUGUAUCCUGGGAUUGGAUUACAAAAUAACACCACAGUGAAACUGUGUCGUCUAAAUGUGUAAAUGAUAUCGCCAUAUCACAUCGAAGCAUUGUGAAACAGGAAAUGAGAUGUAGCUUAUUUUCAAAUGAUUUAACCACAAAUACACUAUUGUGAUAAGAGUUUUAGCAAAUUAACAGUUUUAGCAAAUGAAUAAAAAUAUAUUUGUUAUGUAUGAGGAGAAACUGCUAAUCAAAACUGUGAGUUGUCUUUUGCUGGAAUCUGUUGAAACUUUGAUUACUUUUUGUGAAAUGACUGAUGAAGUCUUGUUUUUCCCUUGGCUGAUAUUUCUAUGCGUUCUCUUGUAUUUCUCUGUUGGAUUUCCAUGUUUGACCCUGAACCGUCUCGCUAAUUUCUGGACUGUUUGCUGCCUGCCCCGGCUCUCAGCCUGUUAUUUGACUCUGCCUUUUGCCCCGACUGAUCACCCUGUCUGCUGCUGAUUUACCCUGCCUGUACUACUUUGAAACAUUUUCAUAAAGCUGCACAUGAAUCCUCACUCCAUUGACCCUUCGUUACAACAUGACAAAUAAUGUCUGAAGCACAAACAUUCAGAUAUAUUGCAGAGGAAUCACAGAAGCUGCAUCUGAAGUUUAAUGCAAUGCAUGAAUGCUUUAACCUGCAGUUACAAAUGCAUAAAUUAUGUUUUGAAAUUGACUGUUAUUUGAAAUGAUUUUAAAAAAAUCACAUUUGUUGUUUUUGCA